CUCACUUAAUAUACGACGAAGUAUAUCCCCGUUUGUUUUGCUCAUUAAGUUAUCAGUCGGCGCAAGUCCAUCGAGUGAGACGCACAUCGGAUAGAGCUCCCGCGACAUCACUCCGGGAGGCUGUGCUACGUUUCAACUCUCCAAAAAUAUUUAAUCAGCGACUUCGUCUGGCGAGCGGCAAUCGGCCUUGGCAUGAGUUCAACGCAGAUUUUAGUGCAGGAGCCUUUGCUCGUGCGCCUCUCGCCUGUCUCCAGUUACACUACAUUUACUAUUUACGUCAAGACAAACCACCCAGCUUUCAGUGUUCCCAAGUCCUCCUGUCGCCGCAAGUAUUCCGAGUUCCAAUGGCUCCGCCAAAUUCUUAUUCGCCAUCAUCCAUACAGGAAUCCACCUCAGCUUCCACCUAGUGUUUUCUUCCUGAAUUCCAAAGACGAAAAGUUUUUAGAGGAAAGGCGGCAUGGCUUGCAAGUAUUUCUCAGAGAAUUAAUAGGCGUGCCAUGCUAUUUAGGGGAAAAAGCAGUGCACAUGUUUUUGCAAACAGAGUUGAGCACCGACUGCAUUGAAGAAAACAUUAAAGGAAUUAGGGACGAUUCUGUGAUCAAAAAUGCCAAGUAUUGGCCACGGAUUUCUGAAAGCACUGAUGUGAGUUUAGCGAUGGAGCCAACGCAACCGCGGUCUAUUCAGAGGCAUUCAAGUCCAAGGAAAGCGAUAUCAAGUUCGACUGGCGACUCGUUACCUAGAUCUCCUGCGGCCAUGUGGUCCUCGCCCCAUUCCUAUGGUUCCGCCUACAUUUGCUAAAACAAGAAUUUAUUUUAUUUUUAAUUUUGUUUUGUGAAACUUAAGCUGUGAACACUUGCGUGAAACACUGUAAUAAACUGAAGGAAUUGCUCACGUUACCUAUAAAUGUUUAUGAUGCUGCGCAUUUUGUGUUUUAAAAUAAAUCAAAAAAUAAUUAUAUUAUUAUAUUAUGGUAUAUAAAACAAA